CAAAUAAAUAAACGACCAUUUCUUACAUUUCACUGUCUGCGGACCCUCGUUGAAAAACCGGAGACCUACUGUGCGUCAUCGCUAGAGUGCGUCUCCGCCCACAUGGUCGUCGCCCUCCCUCCCUCCGGUGCUUAAUAACGGACGGGUACUUCCUAGUCGUGCUGCUUUAUCUUACCAUCAUCAAUCGUGGUUUUAGUAUUCCAGAAGAGUGGCGUGAUAUACACAGUGUAGUCAUGUACUGUACAUUAUAACCUGGCAGCGUUUAGUGUCAAAAGCGCCGCUGUGCACGCGCGUCAUAUGUUUAAAUUAGGUUUGCAGGGUCUCACGAGCAGCGAGCGUGUUAUUGCUUUAGUUUAAGAGCUAAUUCGCUUUCACAAUGGCAAGCGACGCGGUCAAGAGGUUCAUUUGCUUUUGCCGAUAUCUACAAGACCCUUGCCACGUCGCCAAAUUUCAGCAACUUUGUGGUGUACGAGGGACAUUUACUAAAAAACCGUCCGAGGGUGACGCGAGGCUUUCGGUCAACGGUGCGUGCGCGGGGCAAUGUCAGGAGGACUGCGCUGCCGGUGGGGAUAAAACACAGGGACUUCCGGGACAAAGGCUGAGAAAAAGUUUAAAUGAUAGGGAUAUUAAACAGGAUGAAUGUUCCGGGGAUCUCAACAGACCCACAAAAACAACCUCAAACCGGACCGAGGGAGAUAUUGAGAUGAAGGGCUCCAAAGAAAUUGUGAAGCCUUUACGCAGGAACUCAUUGACUGGUGAUGUCGGACAGGAGUUUAUCAUCGAGAACAAGCUUCUCUUCUAUUUGUUCACCAUUGGUACCGAGCUGGGCAACGAGAUGUUCUUCAUCGUCUUCUUUCCAUUUCUUAUGUGGAAUGUGGAUCCGUAUGUCAGCCGAUGCAUCAUCGUGGUGUGGGCCUGGGUGUUGUUAAUCGGCCAGUCCACGAAAGAUCUGAUACGGUGGACCCGUCCUGCAUCUCCUCCUGUAGUUAAAGUAGAAGUGUAUUACAACUCCGAGUACAGCAUGCCAUCCACACACGCCAUGACCGGAACAGCAAUGCCCUUCAGCCUGUUCAUGCUCACAUACAGCCGUUGGGAGUAUCCGUUCAUGUUUGGACUGGGUGUAGCUCUGUCCUGGUGCAUCCUUGUGUGCGUCAGCAGGAUUUAUAUGGGCAUGCACUCUGUGCUGGAGGUGAUCACGGGUUUCCUCUACAGCGUGCUAAUCCUAGCAGUUCUUCAGCCCUUGUUGGAUGACAUUGACGAAUUCUACCUGUCCCACAGCUAUGCCCCUCUGGCUAUCUUAAUCUCGCAUGUUGGUUUCAGCCUGGUGGCCUUCUCCCUGGACACGUGGAGCACCUCCCGUGGAGACACCGCUCAGGCGUUGGCCACUGCCUCCGGUGCGGCUCUGGCGUCCCGUCUCAACUAUCAGCUGGGUGUGCUGCCGGAUCCUUCUACGGAAGCUCUGCCGCUCGCCAUGCCCUUGAUAGACGGGGCUUUGUUGGGCCGCUCAAUUAUGCGUCUCCUGGUGGGAGUGGCCGUGCUUUUGGCUGUUAGGGCUAUCAUGAAGAUGGUGGCGAUCCCUGUGGCGUGCAGGAUCUUCCGCGUGCCGUCGGACGACGUGCGGAAGGCUAGGCAAAACGCACAUGUGGAAAUCUCUUAUCGGUAUUUGGUCUAUGGCACAGUGGCCUACUGCUGUGCUUCUCUGGUGCCCAUUUUGUUUAUUUACCUUGGCUUAUCAUAAAUCCUCCUUUUAUUUUUAGUAAUAUAAUGUACUUCCACAAUAUGCUUAACUCAUGCAUAGACCUGACUGUGGGUCCAAAGGUGUAGGCAAUAUGAUUUGUUUAGAUUUUGUUUUGUUUUAAUUUGACCACCUUAAUUUUUAAUACGUAUUUAUUUUACGUUCACAUUCUUAGAAUGUAAUGUUUUUGGUUUUGUUUACAGAUUUUUGUUAAUCUGACACAUUUGAACAGGGGUAUAAAUUUGUUGGCCUCAGCAUCACAUGAUUUGCAUUCGUGCAUUUGGCACAUGCUUUUCCAUUCGGUGCAUUCAAGGCAUACAUUUUGCAUUCCCUGUAUGGGAAUUGAACACAUGACCUUUGCACUGCUAAUGCAAUGCUCUACCAGAACUAGAUGAACACUAUUAAGGAGUAUGUGAUUGCACCAUGCAUUGAUAUCGCAUUAAAAGUUCCUGAACGGGAUGUUUGAAGUUCCUGAAGAUGUUUACCCGUAUAUCCCACCCAUCCUGCACUCUUGUACCAUCUCUCCAUCAACAAUACGUUUCCCACAAUCAUAUAGACUGUGGCUGUAUUUCACCAGUACUGUGUGCACUUUUGCCUGGGAAACAAAAUAACCCCAGUGAUGGACUGAUGCUCUAUUGUGGCCAAGCCUGUCAGACAUUUGUAUGCUCAUGAUGCAAUGAAAUGCAAAAUAGUUUUCCCAUAAUCCUCUGUUCUUCCUUGGGCUGUGAACGGUGGCAUGACCCUGAUGUUUAAAUUCAGGUCACAUUGAAUUUUAGGUGUAAAAGUUGUGUACUUAUCUGGCGUUUUACAAUGAGCGGUAAUGCGCUGAGAGAAUGAUGGGAGUGGAACUUCCUCUCUGUAUGAAUUCUGUAUACACAAACUUCCUGUGGAUGUGUUGCUUGGAAAAUGCCACUAUAAAUUCAAAUGUGGCAGUAAAUUCAACAUUUACUUGGAAAGAUGUUUAAUUCAGUCAUAGGUUUUUAAAUAUUAAUGCUGUGCUAACGGAGAGAAAGAGAGGGUAGCUAAAAUGAAUGAAUUGGAAACACAAUUUUGUAAUUUUUCUUUUAGUGAUCCACAAUUUUGUUCCAGUUCUGCUCAAUUAUUGAUGGGUAAAGCAAGUUAAAAUUCAGCUUAUAGUUGCAGAUGUUCAGGGUGUCCCUCUUGUCAUAAAGACGGUCUGCAGUGUGGAAAUGAUGCAUUCAAAUCUCUAUUACUGAUUUUCUUGCUUUGUCUGCUUGAACUUAACUUUUAAGUAAUGAUUAUGGGCGUGACAAACAUUGCCAAAGUAAAUACAUGUAUUUUAUGAUUGCCUGAAGUUGUCAGUAUUAAUCUGUUAAAGCCACAAUAUGUAGAUUUUCACCACUAGAGGUCACUAUUAACAAUGGCAAAGCUAAACGACGUUAUGAAGGAGAGUGGAACGAUGGGAGGUGAUGUUUUCACCAUCCGGAGAUGUAUGGAGUUCGAUAAUCAUGUUCAUGGAUGAGGUAAUGAAUUUAUUUUAUUUUAAAAUAUAUAUUUUUUAAUUAAUUUUUUUACCUGUAUGAUCACUAUGAAUUAGCUGAAAGGCAGAACAACUACGUACUAGAUGCUGUAUACCUGCCGCUAACGCUUUUGUCCACUUGAAGAGUUUGGUUCCAAAACGCGAUAAACGCCAUUUUUGAAAAAAAUUUACUGCCAAAAUCAGUAUUAUAUCAGCUCAGUAGUUAAAAGUAAAUAAUUAAUUUUACGCAAAUUCCAAUACCCGCCGUGAUAUUCUGUCAUCUUUUCUCCCUUUUUUCCCAAAAUGCGACAAACGCCACUCCUCCUUUUUUACAGAACGCAAUAAAUCCAUUCCUGAAAUUACAGCCCACCAUUCAUGCAAUGUAAACAAACAUGGCAGCGCGCUGAGUACACAGAGUCCUAGUUUUCCUCAUCUACUUUGUACUGCGUGAUCAACAAACAAAACAAAAUAAUACUUUAAUUGCUUUGCUAAACCUGUGAUGGUUUUCUGUGACGGGGAAGAAACGUAUGCCAUCAACAUCUAAUAAUUUCCGCGAGAGGCACUCGGUUGCUUGUUCUCCCGACAGCAUCAAGCCUAUCAUGCUAAAACAUUGACCCCAGAGGAUCUUAUGAAAACUUUACAUUAUUUUACUCAAAGUCAACGAAAAUCGAGCGGGACCAAAAACAUUUUAGAGCUGAUCGCUGUGAAAAUGUAAAGAGACGACGUCAAGUAUAACCGCAGCAAUGUGUUCUUAAUAUAACAAAGUAAGUGUUUUGGUAAAUGCCAAUGUUUAUUUUUUUAGUCAUUGUAUACCACUAGUCAACUAAAUAAAUAUAAAAUGGUAAAGAUGUAUGCACAUUUAUACAUUGAUUUAAAAGAUUUAUAGCAUUUUGAAAUAAAAUACUGUCAUGGAUUUAUUGCAUUUUGUGGAAAAAAGAAUUAGUUUUAUAAUAAAUCUUUGAAAAUCAAGUUAUGGAUUUGAAUUUUUUAUGUUUUUAUAACCUAAAGAUGCUAUGUGAAAGUUUGUAACAGAAAAUAGUGGUUUUCAUCUUGUCACUUUCUUGGUAUAGAAAACACGUUUUUACCGAAAUUUGUCAAAAUGGAUUUAUUGCGUUUUGGAACCAAACUCUUCACUUGCAUUGCCACAGUUUCUACAACCGGAAACUGAGGAUAGUGUAGGGCUGCACGGUAUAUUGAAAAAUGCUGUUGACAUGGUAAUUCUGUAUGCGAUAUCUCUAUUGCUGAAAGUUGCGAUAACUUAAAAUUUAUUUUACGUGUCUAGCAUUUGUGUGUUGCAUGCGUAGAUUCAAUCAGAAAGGGCCUUACGCAAUACCCACCAAGUAGGUCUUAUGCUACGUACACACCAAACGCGUAGCAUCGCGUUGCUCGCUCUAGAAUACUCGCAGGAUUUAACUUUGUGUCAUGCGAAUUUUUUGCUUGAGUUGAAUAUUUUUAACUUGCGCAAAGGCGCGUUUGAGGUGAAUAGUGCAUUUUCGCAGGAAUCGCGCAACCCAAUUCGCGUCAUUGCCAUUGUCCCACGCGAGGACGCUUCUGAUCAUGUCUUUGCAUUGACUUUGUAUGUAAUCUACUCGCACAAAUCGUUGUGUGAACUCGCAUCUGGUGUGAACCCACAGUUAUACUGUUAUACUAUAGGCUAGACUGCAGCACAAAGGUGAACCUAUCGGCUUGAAUCAACGGUGAAAUGCCGCUACAUCCAAAAGCCAGGGGGCGCUCUCGUGCAGAAGCUAAAUAUGCGCUGCAGACAAAGAACCAUUACACAAGCAGCUAUGACACGCAGCUUCAGGAAAUGGCUUAAGGAUAUAUUUAUAUUGCUGUUCUUCGGGUAUUUUCAUGAUAAUAAAGAAUAUGUAUAAUGAUUAUGUUUGAGGAGUGUUGCUUUUUCAAAUGCAUGUUAUAAAUGACUCAAACUAACAGUGAUUUCAGAUCGAUAAGGAAUUGCUGAUCAAAAGCCGAAGUACAUGAAAUAGCUGUGAAUAAUAUCGCCUGUGUGAUUCAGAAUAGUUAUCGGACACGUGUUAUAGUGUAAAUCAGCAUUUAUCGGUGCACUCCUAAAUUGCAACCUGUGCCUAAAUAGAACGGUAUGUCUGAAAUUGUUUUUUUCCUGAAUUAGAUUUAAUUACAUAUGUAUUACCUGUUUAUUUCAGUAUAAUUAAAAAAUAUAUAUUUUGUGGGGGAAUUAUAUAUCGCAAGAAACACGGUUAUCACAACAGUUAAUGGUAGAAUCGCAUAACGCAUAUUUUCUCAAUAUCGUGUAGUAGCCCUAAUAUUAAGUCACUAAAAGAGCGACAAUUACAAGGUAGACAAGCAACGAGACAUUAUUUAAAACAGGAAUUUCUUUGGAUUUACAAAUUCUUGGAAACUUUUGGGAUAAUGUAAGUAUAUCACACUGUGCAAGUAGUUUUUGGAUAUUUUAUUCCAAAAAUCGUACAUAUUGUGGCUUUAAUACGUUUGUCAUUGCAUUACUCUGUACUUGCAGUAUAGUUUGUUGGUGUACGCACAAAGAAGUGUGGUGGCUACCUUGGAUUUUGUAACACGUAACCAAGUUUAAGCAACUGGCCAAUUAAAAUGCAGAGUCAUUUUUAAUCUCCGCUGAUGAAUCCCAGAAACCCCAGUGCCUUGACUUGUUGCUUUUCAGGGUAAAUGUAGGAUUAGACUUGUUUUGACUUGAUGAUGCACAUGUUGUUUAGAAACACAUCCAUAAUACUACAUUUUUACGUGUACAUUUGGGUCCGCUGUACUGUACGUGCACCGGCAGAUUUUUGAAACCUUGCCUACAUUUAGGAGAAUGUAGCAUGUAGCCCAGGAGAUUAGUGGUCGACUGAUAUGGGGGGUUUAUGGCCGAGACCGAUAUUAAGAAAGCUGUACGGCCGAUUUGGAGGCAGAUAAACACAAAUGUUAUUACAGUAAAUAAGAGACAAACAGAAAAUUGGUGAAACUAAUAAACAUUUGUUAUUCAUAACAUUUAUACUUAAUAUAGGUGGAUCUGACAUCUCAGGGUAUUGUUUGAAUAAGUGUGUUGAACUAGUGUGGUCUUGUGUGUGACACAACAUAACGUCAUGUUAAAAAGUGAAUAAUGAUUGGUCAUUUUACUGUCUGUCAGACUUUGGCUUUACAUCGAGUGACACUGUGUGUCUUUUCAUUACAAACAACAAAUUUAGGUAAUAGAGAAAUUUACUGGCCGAAAAAAAUCUAAAUAUAUUGGCCUAUCACUAGGAGAUGCUUUGCAUUUUGUUGCAAUUCCUCACCUCUGUGUUUGCAUGCAAAUAAAACAGACUCUACUCCAGGCUUUAGUUACAAUAUAAAUUAAUGCUUUCUUUCAUCACAGAUUGAUUUACGUUUAUGUGGAAUAGCUAUUAUGCAGCAGUUUUUUUUGUUUCAGGUUUAGUAAUAUUUUUUUCUAGUAACAUAGUACAUACUGAAAUACUCACCUGUAAAAAAAAAAUUAAUUGUGAAUAUAUUAAAUUGUGAUCAAUUGUGACCCAGUUUGUAAAAACCCAGCUGAAGUUAUUUUUUUAUUUAUUGAUUUCUCCAUAAAAUCAUCCUGUAAAGAACAUUUUGUGAAAAUAUAACCUUAAAAUCAAAGUGAAGUAUUGAAAUCAAACUUUAAUGCUUUUAAUCCCAUCAUGACAUUAUGAGACGUUAGCCUGGAUUUCACAGACCGUGUCACAUUAUGCAUAAAGUACAGUGUAUGUACAAUUCUAAGUGAUAAGCUGUUUUUACUGUCAUUAUACAGUGCACUGAGCCGAUGUGGGUAACAGCGAUGGGUAAAUAAUAUUUUUGGACUUCUCACCUGUAAUGUGCAGUAUACAUUAAUGAAGCUUGUACAUUCUGGCUGUUCAUGGUCAUAUAAACUCACAAAUCUGUAUGUUACCUUAUCGAUUUCCUUUGCAGUGUAAAAAUAAAUUGAUUUUCAUCAUGUUCUGUUCUUAUUAUUGACUGCAAUAAAACUAACAUGAACAGCCGCUGUAUUUGGGUUUGACGGUCAUUAAAAAAUAUCUGCACUGAUAUUAAGCUGUUUAUGAACAUUUAAAAAAUGUUUUAAGUGUGGCUGAAAACUGCUUUCUGAUUACUAGGUGAUUUCUUGGUCUGCACUUGUAAGAGUGUUUUCUCUCUGUUAUCAGUGUGUGUUGAGGUCACUUUGUUCCAGCAAAGUUAAGACAUACUCAUUUCUCAAUAUGUCAGCGUUGCGGGCAAAGGUCUGUUUUCUGCAUUGUAUAUUGAUUUAAUUCUGCUGAAUAUGCACUAUUGUAGAGCACAUAUACAUUUAGGCUUCAUGAACUGCAGUAUAUAUAACUUAAAAAAUGUCAAUUUAUUGGGAGGGUAGUUGUGUGACACUUUUCCUAAAACUAAACAACAUUUUUAAUUACUGUACAACAGUUACAUACAGUUUUGAAACCCUGUUACUUGGGUUACCAAAUGAAAUAUUUUAAACUCUUAUUUAAAUAUUUAAAAAUAACUUCAAAAAUAAAUGUGAUGCAUAACUGCAAGAAAUACUGCAUAAAUUAAUAAGAAAAAACUCUGAAACAUUAAAAAAAUAAUAUAAAAAAUUAACUUAUUGACCAAUCACAGAGCCAAAAAUAUUCUUUGUUUUAAUCUCAAUGUUUGGAUUAAAGUUAUAUAAUAUAUAGUAUAUAAUGAUCUCAUAUUGUAAAAAAAGUGGUCAUUGGUGCUUUAUCGCCACUCUGUGGUUUUAGGUGCGCACUGCAUCGAGGAGAAUAAAAUGUAGGCCCAUUUCUCACAUA